UUUUAUAUUCAGUUCCGAACCACUCACUUUCCAACCCCUUCAAUGGCGUUGGCAAACCCUUCGCUUUGCUCUGUUCACAGACUCAAUCCUCUUCUCUCCUCUCAACGACGUCGCUCUGGGCUUCGACUCUCUCAAUUGCAUUUCAACUUGUUGAAAACUAGAUUCUUCGCUGUUGCUGCAUCAGAGAAUGGUGUAUUUACUUCUCCAGAGAUUGCAAAGUCGUUUGAUUUUGGUUCUGAGGAACGGAUAUAUAAUUGGUGGGAGUCUCAAGGGUAUUUCAAGCCAAAUUUCGACAGGGGAAGUGACCCAUUUGUAAUUUCAAUGCCGCCUCCUAAUGUUACUGGUUCUCUGCACAUGGGGCAUGCUAUGUUUGUGACUCUUGAGGAUAUUAUGGUUAGAUACCAUCGUAUGAAGGGGAGACCUACAUUAUGGCUUCCUGGCACUGAUCAUGCUGGUAUUGCAACUCAGUUGGUUGUGGAAAGAAUGCUGGCAUCUGAAGGAAUAAAAAGGGUUGAACUGGGUAGAGAAGAGUUCAAAAAUCGAGUUUGGGAAUGGAAAGAGAAGUAUGGUGGAACGAUUACAAAUCAGAUUAAGAGACUUGGUGCUUCUUGUGAUUGGAGCAGAGAACGUUUCACCCUUGAUGAACAGCUAAGUCGAGCUGUAAUUGAGGCCUUUGUUAGGCUUCACGAGAAAGGUUUAAUCUAUCAAGGAUCUUACAUGGUCAACUGGUCCCCUAAUUUACAGACGGCAGUUUCAGACUUGGAAGUAGAAUAUUCUGAAGAACCUGGUACUCUGUACCAUAUUAAAUAUCGUGUUGCUGGAGGUUCAAGGGAUGACUUUCUGACAAUUGCAACAACACGCCCGGAGACUUUAUUUGGCGAUACAGCUAUUGCAGUGAAUCCUCAGGAUGAACGUUAUUCAAAGUAUAUUGGAAGGCAGGCUAUUGUACCCAUGACAUUUGGCCGUCACGUGCCUAUCAUCUCUGACAAGUAUGUUGAUAAAGAAUUUGGAACUGGUGUGUUGAAGAUAAGCCCUGGGCAUGAUCACAAUGACUACCUUCUUGCUCGGAAGCUAGGUCUCCCUAUACUUAAUGUGAUGAACAAGGAUGGAACGCUUAACGAGGUUGCUGGACUGUACUGUGGCCUUGAUCGCUUUGAGGCACGGAGGAAAUUAUGGUCAGAUCUUGAGGAGACAGGCUUAGCUGCCAAAAAGGAACCCCACACUUUACGAGUUCCCAGAUCUCAGCGUGGUGGAGAAAUAAUAGAGCCACUAGUGAGCAAGCAAUGGUUUGUAACAAUGGAGCCCUUAGCUGACAAGGCCCUUAAAGCAGUUGAGAAAGGGGAAGUAACUAUUAUGCCCGAAAGGUUUGAGAAGAUAUAUAAUCACUGGCUAUCAAAUAUCAAGGAUUGGUGCAUAAGCCGACAACUAUGGUGGGGACACCGCAUACCAGUUUGGUACAUUGUGGGCAAAAACUGUGAAGAAGAAUAUAUAGUUGCUAGGAGCACUGAUGAAGCUCUUGACAAGGCUCGUGAGAAGCAUGGAAAAAAUGUUGAAAUAUAUCAGGAUCCAGAUGUUCUUGACACUUGGUUUUCGAGUGCACUAUGGCCCUUCAGUACUCUGGGAUGGCCAGAUGUUACUACAGAGGAUUUUAGGCGGUUCUAUCCAACCACUGUGCUUGAAACUGGGCAUGACAUAUUAUUUUUUUGGGUGGCACGGAUGGUGAUGAUGGGAAUUGAAUUCACUGGGUCUGUUCCUUUUUCGAAGAUUUAUUUGCAUGGACUUAUCCGGGACUCUCAAGGGCGAAAAAUGUCCAAAACAUUGGGAAAUGUCAUAGAUCCGAUUGAUACAAUCAAAGAGUUUGGCACAGAUGCUUUAAGAUUCACACUUGCUUUAGGAACUGCUGGUCAGGAUCUUAAUCUAUCCACUGAGAGAUUGACUGCUAAUAAGGCAUUCACUAACAAACUAUGGAAUGCUGGCAAAUUUGUGUUGCAGAAUUUGCCUGGUGACAGUGAUAUACUUGCUUGGGAAACUCUAUUGGCCUACAAGUUUGAUGAAGAGGAGUCUCUUGUCAGGCUACCUUUGCCAGAGUGUUGGGUGGUCUCAAAACUUCAUAUGCUUGUUGACAUGGUCACCACAAGUUAUGACAAGUAUUUCUUUGGAGAUGUUGGAAGAGAAAUAUAUGAUUUCUUUUGGGGUGAUUUUGCGGAUUGGUAUAUUGAAGCUAGUAAAGCUCGCCUUUACCAUUCUGGAGGUCAUUCAGUUGCUUCGGUAGCGAAGGCAGUUCUUUUAUACGUUUUCGAAAACAUACUCAUAAUGCUACAUCCAUUCAUGCCAUUUGUAACUGAAGAACUGUGGCAGGCACUCCCCAACAGGAAAGGUGCUCUUAUAAUAUCUUGUUGGCCACAGACUUCACUUCCAAGGCAUGCUAACUCAAUAAAAAGAUUCGAAAAUUUACAAGCACUUACAAGAGCGAUUCGAAAUGCUCGAGCCGAAUAUUCUGUUGAGCCGGCAAAACGUAUAUCUGUAUCUAUUGUUGCUAAUUCUGAGGUCCUCCAGUAUAUUUCUAAAGAGAAGGAUGUUUUAGCUCUUCUCUCCAGGCUAGAUUUACAAAACAUUCAUUUUGCAGAUUCUGCUCCAGGCGAUGCAAAUCAAUCUAUCCAUCUUGUUGCUGGUGAAGGUCUAGAGGCGUAUCUCCCUCUUGCUGAUAUGGUAGAUAUCUCUGCUGAAGUCCAACGCCUGUCCAAGCGUCUCUCCAAGAUGCAAACGGAGUAUGAUGGGCUUUUAGCUCGCUUGAGUUCUCCUAAAUUUGUUGAAAAGGCUCCCGAGGAAAUUGUACGUGGAGUUCAAGAAAAAGCUGCUGAAGCAGAAGAAAAAUUAACUCUCACCAAAAACCGUUUAGCUUUCCUUAAAUCUAAAGUUUUGGUCCCAGAAUAGAUUUUACAAGUGGUUAGUUAUCAUAUUUUCCUCAAAUCCACAUUUUCCACUGGAAUCAUCCGGGUGCCAAUCCAGACUACAUUUCCCGCAUGCUUCCUUACGCCUUCCUUAUGGGUCAGUUAUAUACCAGUCUCAUCACGAGUGUUUUGACAGUGGUCAUGUCCUCCUGAAAACCAGUCGGAGAACAGUUUCAACAAUAUGUCUCGGCGGCCGUAGAUCAGGUCUUGGAUAAAGGCUUCAAGGGUUGAUAAACUAAUUCAUCUUCUUGUAGAGCUUUCUAACAGAAGCUGCAUCUAUGUUGAUGUACGGUUAUUUUUUUUGUAAACAUUUUUUUGCACAGGCUUGAUCCCGCUAAGUUUUGUAUAUUUGCAGUCGUCCUUUUCUCCUAGGAUUGCAUUGUAUGUAAAUUCGUGUUUGUUAGUGAUAAUUUUCCGGUCUCAUUUACUUCAA